UUUGGAUUUCCAUUUGCUGUUUUGGGGACAGCUGUGGAAAGUAAGCGCCGGACAUCUCUGCGAGUCAUGAAUAUGAACGCGAACACGUAAAAAAAAAAUCGUGAAUACGUUGACGGCGUGUCUCGAUGAACGUGAACCGCGAGAAACCGAGCGAGUAGCCGGGCCCUCUGGCUGCCUCUUCCCCCUUCACGCUGCCCGAGGCAGGGAGGAGGAGUUCAAGCCCACUAAAUCUGGGAGGAGUCGCUUUACUCGUCUCCACGCACUCAGUCCCGUCUGGAAGCAACACCGAUCGUGGAACUAACAUAUACGGAGCCAACCUGUUUUUGUAAUCUUUCGAAAUCCGACAAACUUGCGUGUCGACGCGUUGAGGAGGCUAACAGAAUUUUCGAGCGGAGCAAACACUAACCGAUGAGAGGCUGCGAAGGAAAUAGUUUACUUUGAGACAUGAGGUGGCGAGAUCCAGCACUUAGGAGCCCCAUUUUGAGACUUUGAGACAGGCAGGCAGCAAUGGGAAAUUCUGAGAGCCAGUACAGCAUCCAGAGCCUCAAAGCCACCAGCUUUGGCUUCUCUGGGACACAGAAGCCAUGCUCACUAAAUCUUGGCCCAGCCACAGAUGACCCUCUGUCACCUCACGAGUGGUGGAAAAGUGCACCAGUGAGCUCUGGGUAUAAGGCCAAAUGUGUCAGCCGAGGUUGUCUUUCCCCUCCAAAGAGCCGCCAGCCUUACUCUGGCCGUCACAAUGACUAUGUCUCCAGAGGAGUGAGGGGCAGCCAGAAUGAGCACCGCUGGCGUCGUUCGACUGGAUGUGGUAUACGCAAGCGGCAUGUAUCCGAUGACUAUGAAGAUAAUCCGUACGGUGCAGAGCUCAAUGGCUGUACUUUGAAUGGUCAAAGAGACAAAGAGCAGGUUUUGGAAAAACAAAGUAGCCCAAGAGUGGUGAUCAAGAAGGAUGGCAGUCUGAGAGUGGAAUUCACAAAUACCUCAGGUAGCGAUUUCCUCCUGGAUGAGGUUUCAAGUCCUGUACAACUCCUCAAGUUCUCUGCUAACUUGGAGUCCCCCUCAACCCCUAGUUUGCCAGGCUCUGGCAGCAGCGAGCCCGAUGGCCUACGCAGUGGUCCUCCGCCAGCCUCUACGUCCUCCACUGCUAGAACCAGUAAAGGAAGCUCUCUGAGCUCAGAUGGUUCUUGGUAUGAUUCUCCUUGGGGGGCCAGCACAGAACUUUGUGAGCAGGAUCAGUCUUGCUCUUCUAACAGUACACAAGUGCACUCCCCUAUCCACCAGCAUGACCUUUUCAUCGAACAAUCUACCCCUAUGUCCAUUGUAAGCCUCUAUAAUAACUCCACAAUGGCUGCUACCUUCCCCACAGCCAAAGACUUGUCCUCCCAUUUAGAGGCAGCGCCAAAUGGCCAACAGCCACAUACAGCCUCCCUUGCAUCAGUCUUAGAUGUUCCCUUGAAGGAGGAAUGCCUUGAGGGCCACCAAUAUUCAUCAUACACCCUUCCCUGUCGAAGGCCCAAAGCUCACACCAUGAGCGAGGGUCUGCAUCAGUACACCAACAAUGAACAGCAUCGGGAGGGAGCUGCAUCAGAGUUUGGCUUCCAAAAGAAAGCGUCCAUAAAAAAACACAUUCGACGUUUCAGUGACUGGACGGGCAGCCUCAGUCGUAAGAAGAGAAAGACCCAGGAGACCAGGCACAAAGACCUGAGUGACACCUUUGACAGCGGAGUUGAUGGUCUGACCGUUGAUACCAGCUCCCCGUCUCAGGCAUCAAGCCUCUUGUGGCUCCCAGGAGCCCCAAGAACCCAAUCAUCAGGGGCUAUUCACCAAUCAACAAAUGAUGCCCUUCGCCAGAACAUUUAUAAGAACUUUAUGAGAGAGCUGGAGACGAGUAGUGGCCAGGGAGGACGUGAGAGAAGAGACCCUUCCACGGGCGAAGAUGAGGGGGAGAGCAGUAGUGAGUCAGCUGAUGGCUCUUUGGAGCAGCUGGACCUGCUGUUUGAAAAGGAGCAAGGGGUGGUCCGACGGGCAGGUUGGCUUUCUUUCAAACCAUUAGUAACACUGCAGAAGGACAGGAAGCUGGAGCUGGUGACCUGCCGCAAAUGGAAACAGUACUGGGUUACCUUAAAAGGAUGUACUUUGCUAUUCUAUGAGACCUACAAUAAAGGCUCAUCAGAGCAAGAGCUCUCUCCUCGGUACUCUCUCCUGGCUGAAGACAGCAUCGUCCAGGCUGUUCCAGAGCACCCCAAAAAGGAGAAUGUCUUUUGCCUCAGCAACUCAUACGGAGAUAUCUAUCUGUUUCAGGCCGGCAACCAGACAGACUUAGAAAACUGGGUGACAGCCAUCCACUCAGCCAGCGCCUCGUUGCUGGCCAAGCGCCAGGGAAAGGAGGAUACAGUACGUCUGCUGCGGAGCCAGGUCCGUGGCCUGUUGCAGAAGAUUGACAUGGAUGGGAAAAUGAAGAAGAUGGCUGAGCUGCAGCUUACCGUUGUCAGUGACCCCAAAAAUCGCAAGGCCAUCGAAAACCAGAUUCAGCAGUGGGAGCAAAAUCUGGAGAGGUUCAACUUGGAUCUUUUUAGGAUGCGCUGUUACCUGGCCAGUCUUCAGGGGGGUGAGCUCCCCAACCCAAAGAGUCUGUUAGCAAUCGCUAGUCGCCCUACCAAAACUACCCUUGGCCGUCUUGGGAUCUUCUCUGUUUCAUCUUUUCAUGCACUGAUUUGUUCCAGAGAUGAGGCCACACUGCGUAGACGCUCAUUGUCACGAACCUUUCGAAAGCACAAGCGAGGCAUUUUCUCUUCCCUCAAAGGGCUUGACACCUUGACAAAGAAGAGCAAAAGGGUCUCUGCAUCACAGGUCUUUGAGAGCGACGCAGGAGGUCAAGCUCAUUUUCCGCCUCCCAAGAACACUGAGAGGGUGGAUGUGCUCACCAGUAUCUACUCCAUGUCGCCCUCUGAGGAUGGUGUGCGGGAUAUCAUCAGUUCUACCACAAGCAUGCUGACCUGUGUCUAUAUGCCAGAUGGCCUGACAGCCCAGGUUCACAUUAGAACUGACCAGAAAGCCGCUGACCUCGUCUUUGAGGCUUGCAAGGCUAAACAGCUGGACCCAGACCUGCACCGGCUUCGUCUGCGCAUCAAGCCUGGCCAGGACACAGAAAUUCGAUCUGUGGCGCCUGGCGAGCUUGUCUGGGAAUUGGCUUAUGGCCAAUUGGAGGUGGUCCCAGUUAAUGUGUUUACCCUGCAAAUGAGCAGGAUAAGUGGCAGUGGAGAUUUUGGAUUUGCAGUAACAGGACAUAUUGACAGUCAGAAGAACAGUCGGAUCUUUGUCAGUGAAGUGCUCCCUAAUGGACAAGGCUUCAGUGAAGGUUUACGUCCAGGUGAUGAAGUUCUGAUGCUGAAUGGCCGCUAUGUAUCAGGUCUGGAUCUGACCCUGAUACAGACACUUUUUGCUGAGCAAACCCUCAACCUGUGCCUGAGGCGGGAUGGACCGCGGCCUCAAAAUUCUGCCUCUGACCACCCAGUUCCUCCUCUGGCAUUCAAGCUCAAAGCAAAGUCCUCCUCAGACUUGUGCACUGCAGCGGUGGGUAGUGAGUCCAUGUGUGCCAGGAUGGAAAGUCUCUCCCACUGCGCAUACAGGCCUGUUCAGAUCAGCAAGAGUGUGGACACAGUGUGCAACCUCUAUCAGUCCUUCCAGGAGCCAGAAGGUUCAGCCACUUGCAACCCGAUGGAGGACCUCAAGGAGCCUCGUCUGAAGCAGGCUGAUGAUUUAGGACCAGGCUCCAGGGGAGACGCCGCGCUUCUCCGACCCUGUCCCAAGCAUAUGAGUGGCACUGAGCGGUUACGCAAGGUCAUCCAGGAGCUUGUGGACACAGAAAAGUCCUAUGUGAAGGAUCUGGCUUGUUUGUUUGAAAUCUACCUGAAACCUCUACAGAAUGAAACUUUCCUCACGCUUGAUGAGAUGGAGAGUCUGUUCGGCAGUCUGCCAGAGAUGUUGGACUUCCAGCGGGUCUUCCUGCAGACGCUCGAAGAGAGGAUUGCUUCUUCCCCUGACUUCAGCACACUUGAAACGCCUUCCCAGUUCAAGAAGCUCCUGUUUUCUCUGGGGGGUUCCUUCCUGUACUACGCUGACCACUUCAAGCUCUACAGUGGCUUCUGUGCCAAUCACAUCAAGGUCCAGAAAGUUCUGGAGAGAGCCAAGACGGAUCGGGCCUUUAAGGAAUUUUUGGAUGCAAGGAACCCCACUAAGCAGCAUUCCUCCACCCUAGAGUCUUAUCUGAUUAAACCGGUGCAAAGAGUUCUCAAGUACCCAUUGCUGCUCAGGGAGCUGGUCUCCCUCACUGACACCAACAGCGAAGAGCACUACCACCUCACAGACGCGCUUCGGGCCAUGGAGAAGGUGGCCAGCCACAUCAAUGAGAUGCAGAAAAUCUACGAGGAUUACGGCGCAGUCUUUGAUCAACUUGUCACCGAGCAGGCCAGCCAUGAUAGAGAGGUCACUGAAAUCUCUAUGGGUGAGUUUCUUCUGCAUUCCACUGCAGUGUGGCUCAACCCGCAUCCAUCAUUAGGCCGCAUGAGGAAAGACCCCGAAAUAACCGUGUUUGUCUUCAAGAAAGCCGUCAUAUUGGUCUACAGGGAAAACAACAAGCUGAAGAAAAAGAUGACCAACCCGCGUUCGGCGCUCUCUCACGGUGACCCGGACCCAUUCAAGUUCCGUUGGCUCAUCCCUCUCUCUGCACUCCAAGUUAGGCUUGGAAAUACAGCAGGACCGGGCACGGAAAGCAGCUGUAUCUGGGAGCUGAUUCAUUCUAGGUCUGAAGUGGAAGGGAGACCACAGACUGUCUUCCAGCUGUGUAGCAGCGAGCCCGAGAGCAAGGUGAACGUAAUCAAGGUGAUCCGCUCCAUCCUCAGGGAGAACGCCCGGAGGAACACGAGAGGCGAAUCCACUUUGGAGCGUGGCUGUAAAGAACGCCUGGCGGCCAUGCGCAACGCUGUGCCUUCCGCCGCUAGGAUGGGCUCCUCCAGGGCCUCCUGGUUGUGUCGGCAGCCCCUCGCAGACCUCAAGUCCGGACCGGACUCCGACGAAGGUAGCCUGAGCAGCGGCACCUGCAGUCUGUCGGGCGCCGCCGCCUCCCUUCUUCCUGUCCAAGAGAGCUGGUCCGGGACGCCGCCGGCAAGUUACUCCCGGCCUGUUUCCGGCUCUGUGAAGGAGUCCGACAUUCUCAGCGACGAGGACGAUGACGGCUUUAGCGACACUGCGGCUGCCAAGAGGGACGCUCUUGACGCUCAGUUCUUCCAGUUAAAAAUAUCCGAGGAACCGGUGCUGACGUACGCGCCCUGCGUCCAGCCUGAGGGGGACGCUCCCGAGGCCGGACCCAGACUGACAAGUGACCAAGCGGUUGCAGCAAAGAGGAAGAACGGCAGCCUGCGGAGGAGCCAAGGGGCGCUAGUGUGCAUGAAGGAUAAAAGCACCUCGCUGGAUGCGCCGUCAUCACCACCAGGCGCCGUGGACCUCAACGCACUCCUGGAGAGAGAGUUUAGCGUCCAAAGUCUGACAUCAGUGGUGAAUGAGGACUGUUUCUAUGACACGGCCCUGGAGAGACCCCCAAGAGUACGGGACAACAAUUCCAGUUAGCACUCAGCCGUGGUCAGGUGGAGAACUGGAGGCAAGCUGAUUGGCGUAUGGACUCUCCCAAGGGGGUUGUGGGUCACCUACAGCCUCAAGGCCGUGCAUUGUGUCCAGUCUGCUGUGACAUUGGAAAACAAGUGCAGUUUUCAGCAAUAUUCAUAUUUGCUGGUUUUGUUCUCUGGACCAAACUAUAGCAUUAUUUUUGGGGGGCCCUAUCUAGUUGCUUUGGUUUCAUGUCAAGAUGAGUUUGAGUUUCAUUUAGACUUCAGUUCUUUGCCACCAGCUUGUGGCAUCUAUAGGCCAUUUACAGUUUUUGGCGUAGGGGUGAAUUUAUAACAAGUUCGCUCUUUGUUGUUACUUCAAUAAAUACUUCAAAUUUUGCAGUGAUCAGAUGAGCGAAAUCCUUGAACACCACAAUCAAACCACAUUGUACCAAUAUGGUCGAGUGUUUCACAUUUCGCCGCGGGCCACAUAAGUCCGUUUCUCAGAUGGCUGGAGUAUAUUUUUAAUUUAAAUUCAAAUCAUAAAUAGUGGUAUGCAAAUAAUUAAUGAGGGAUAUGGACCAAGUCCCGCUGGCAAAAGCAAUAAUCUGUAACUUGCUGGUGGCAAAUCUCUCUCUCCCCCCCUCUCUCCCUGUUAGACAAAGCUAUGGCCUGACUAAAUGAAACCUAUCCCCUCAGUUCAACAGAAUUCCUUGGCACCAAGAUGCUAAAAGUGACGACAAAGCAAUUUUUUUUAUGUCAUAAUUUUGGUUGGGCCAGAAACGUGAUGAGUUGGUGAGUUAUUCAGUUAAUGAUGGAGGAAAUGCCCACCCACCCCCACCCCCAAAAAAAUCUGCGAAGCAAAUUUGUGAAUCCUUGAAGCAAGUUGGUAGCUGGUUGACUGUACAAUUAUUGUCCGUUUAAAAAAAAAAAAAAAAAAAAGAAUUUGGUGAAAAUGGUUACUUGUAAAAGCUAGUUAAAAAGUUGCAAUUUCAGUAAUGUAUUUUUAGAAAAAACAGCAAGUAGACUUACUUUAACAGGCAACAUAUGUCCCCUGGCCCUUUGGUUUGAUAUCUGUGUUGUGAACUCGGAACAGCAUGAUUAAUUUGGGGUCGGGGCCAUUAAAAUACAGACAGUACAUUUUUGGUUAUAUUCCUGCCUCAAUAAUACCUCAAAUGUAAAGUUUAUAAAAACCCCAUCAUAUGCUGGUUAACCCAAAAUAAUGCAUGGAUAUUUCUAAUCUGCAUUUAGUUUGCGAGCAGACACGGUUAUUGUUUUCUGCAGAGGUUAAUACUUAAUAAGCACCAACGGAGCUAAGGAGAAAAUUUUGGCAACAAACGUGAACAUAUGGCAAUUGAAGGGCACCAGGUAAUCAAUAACAUGGUGACGGCAGCCUCACAUGCAAAAAUAGGACAAACUAUUUAUUUGGAGAGGGUUUUUUUUGUAAUAAAGGUUGACUUACGUUUAUUUUUAAAGCAUGUGAUGGUUUGAAAGAAAAUGAAGUUUGGGGCACGUUGGUUUCACUUUCUAUUAUGACAUCUCGUUUCCUGUCACCUUUAAAAAUAGCUGACAGGAACACAUUUUAAAAGUAGACUGAAUGAUGAGAUAUGAUAAAAGCAGAUUGAAAAGGAAAUGAUGGCUUCUUUGAUAUACUUGGGAGAUGUGCACGCACACGGUGCCCCAGCUAAUGGUCACAUGUUUCACUGUGAGCAAAGAUCCAAAGACGUGCUGCAGUCAAUGAUCAAAUCUUUUUUUUUUUUUUUUCCUUCUGUAUUUUCUGCACUAAAGUACACUGUUUGCCUUUACAAUUGAAAUAUUUUCCUGUACAGGUUUUAAUGUUAUUAACGGCAGGUUUUAUUUAUUACUUUAGUGAAGAUUGUUUAUAAAGCCGGUUUAAGGUGUCAGGCAUUUAAGAUUUAGAUUCACUUGCAAAUAGGAAAAGUAAAAGGCAGGUUUAUUUUCUAAUGUGGAGCCUUUGGAUUAGAUUUUUUUUUUUUUUCUGAGGAGAGGAAUUGUUUCAGGUAAGGCUUCUUUGUUUUUGAAUGACAAUUUUGUAAAAUGAUUUGUAUGUUUGUGUGCAUCUUUUGUACGCAAUCUUUUCUACAUGAUGUAUCCUUUUUCUACUUGAUACUGGACAACUUAGAAAUGAGGCAGAAAAAUAUGCAACAAAUUCAAGUGCUCUUUGUUUUUUUUUGUAAUGCAACAUGGAUGGAGUUGAGGUACUUUCAAAGGCAAACCACUAAAAGACAUUAUUCUUAUCAUGCCUUCAAUGUUAGUAUACCAAUGAAUGUGAAUUCCUCCUGAUGAAUUAUUUUCAAAAUAAAAACUUAUCUGUGAACAG